AUGGGCGAUGUUCUAAGCCCCUUCACAAUCUCAUCCCCUCCUCCACCCUCCUCCCCAUCAACCAAGAACAACAGCAUGCCCAUGUUGUACUACGGUCUCGUGGUGGUCGGAACCGCGGCCAUAGUGCUAGCCAUAUACAACCUCGUCCUCCUAAGACGGAGCCAAACGCGCCACGCGCGGCCGGCGCAAAGUAUCACGCAUAAUAGAGAUAUUGUACAAGUUGUUUCCGAAAGAACAAGGAGCUUCGAGGACAGCCAACAACGAAACUUGUUGUCGAGCUUCAAGUACAAGAAAGAAGUAGUGGCAAAAGAAGAAGAAGAAGAAGAAGAAGAAGAGCAAGAUGAUGAGUUUGAGUGCUCCGUUUGCUUAUCGGUUUACGAAGAAGGCGAAGAGGUGAGAAAGCUUCCACAGUGCAAGCACUAUUUCCACGUUCUUUGCAUAGACAUGUGGCUUUACUCCCACUUGGAUUGCCCAAUUUGUAGAACUCCCGUUGAUGUUUUGUGUCCGGGGGAGAAUUCUCCUGAUGGGAUGAUGGAAUCCGGUGCUGGAAUGGCAGCAUCUCUCUAG